CUUCCAAGUAAAAGAUGAGGACGGUGAUUCUGCUGUUUUGGAUAAUUGUUAAGGUGGCUAAGACUUUAGUGCUUCAGCCAAGUCUUAAUGUAUCAUCUCCUCAGAAUGUGUCUUUAGAGGGUGAGACCUGGACUAAGCGGAGUCCUGAUCACCUUCAGCAUCCUCCAGCAAGGGAGGAAGAACAACUGUAUUGGGAGAAAGAGCCAGGAACCCAGAUUAUUGUAACAAUAAAAGAGGAAGUCGAGGCGGAUUUUGUACAUGGUGAGACAUUUGGUCAAGGCGUGCAUAAAAUCCUGAAAGAAGGAGAAGAGCAGCAUGGAGAAAGCAGUGAAAAGCAAGGACAGGAUCAGAAUGUGGAAAACAAAACAAGAACUGAGCAAAUUCAGGAAAAGAAUCAGGGUGGAGAUCAAUCUAUAUCUCCUUCAGUAGACACUCCCCUUUCUACAUCUUUGCCUUCCCAGUAUUUCUCAUCCACCAUCACAACAAGAAGUUCUGCAGACAUUACAAAGACCAAUUCUGAUAUCGAAGGCCAAAAUAUAUCUCACUCAAGUCACUUUUCAGAUCUGAGAAAAACAUCCAUGCCAUCAACCAAUGAGACCAGCACAGAUGAAAAUUCCUCAUUAGGUCAGAUUGAGAGUCCUGAAGAAUAUCCUACUCUUACGGUUAUGGCGGCCCGGGCUGGCCCUACUGCCAUGAGCUUACCCAGCACCAUCAAGCAAAAAGGGAGUACUAAAAUCCCCAAAAUCAAAGACAAACUUAAGAAGAAGGGGAAGAAGGCAAAAGAUAAGAGUGGUAAACACAUGAAAAAUGCAAAGCAGGUAAAAAAGUUCAAACAGGAUCAAAAUGAGCUGACCACUACCCCAUACUUUCCAUAUUUUGAAGAUCACUACUGCCCACCAGACUGUGCUUGUUAUGGGAGGGUGGUGCAAUGUUCAGACAAAGGGCUGGAUAAGGUUCCCUACGGAAUUCCUUACAAUUCCCGCUACGUUCUCCUUAUGAACAACCGCAUUGAGGGAAUUUCAUUGAAUUUGCUCUCAGAGUACCUUUCUAUGGAGUUCCUGGUGCUGAGCAACAACCGUCUGGUAGACAGUUCCAUUGCAGGUGCCUUCGAAGGCAUCAAGGCCCUAAAGAGGCUGUAUUUGGACCGGAACCUUCUCCAGAGUGUCCCUACAGACCUUCCAGCCUCACUGGAAGAACUUCGUCUGGAUGGGAACAAAGUGAAAGUGAUAGCUGAGGCGGCCUGGUUUCGCUGCCCUGGCCUGCUCAUCCUCAGUUUGAGCAACAACAGUUUAGAAAGUAUCUCAUCCUCAUUCCAUGCUGAAGUUUUUUCUUCACUGAGGAGCCUUCGCACCCUCAGCCUCUCUCACAAUCAUCUUACGUCUGUCCCUCUCCAUCUCCCGCUUAGCCUUCAAGAGCUUUAUCUGCGUGGUAACCUCAUUGAACACUUCCAGCCAGGUAUUUUUCAGGGCAAGGCACAGCUUCAAGUGCUGGACCUCAGUGCCAACAAACUGACCAACAAAGGUUUGGGCAAGAAUGCACUCAUCAAUGCUACUCGCUUGGAAAGUCUCAACCUAGAAGGAAACUUUUUGAAGCAGGUCCCUCGUUACCUUCCACGCUCCCUCAGGACCCUUAACUUAGAGGGGAACUCCAUCUCAAGCAUCAGCAAGGGGACUUUUUUCUUACUUCCACAUCUAGAGCACCUUGGCCUGGCCCGCAACAAGAUCUACAAGGUUGCAUCUGGCGCAUUUCGGAUGCUUCCUUUGUUGCACCAGCUGGAUCUUAGCCACAAUGUGCUUCACCAGGUACCACGUCACCUCCCGCCUUGGCUCAUUUACGUCGCGCUCAACCAUAACAAGAUUGAGAAGAUUCCACAUGAUGCUUUUUGCUCAUUUGAAAAAUCAGAUGCAUCCAAAAGUCGUCUGGUUAAGGUGCAGCUGGAGCACAACCUGGUAGGUUUGGACAGCCUAGACAACAUAAAUUUUAGCUGUCUACGAGGCUUUCAGGUGGUGCACCUUUAUUGA